GACCAGAUCUUGGGAGGAAACGGGGAGGCCAUGGCGGGCGGCUGGGCCAUGGCACUGGGGCUGGGGCUCUGGGCCACUGCGCUGUGCCUGGGAGGCUGCCACCCCCUCGGGGGGGACGCAGAGACCCACACCAUGGUGGAGCGCCCAGCUGUGCUGCGGGACAAUUUCCGCCUGCAGCCCGGCGACCUGGUGGCCACAGCGGGCCAGGUACUGGAGCUGGACUGCGUGCCUCCCGCUGGGCACCCCGAGCCCCGCGUCACCUGGAGGAAGGACGGUGUCACCCUGCACCCAGCUGGGGGACGUCAUCAGGUCACCCGCGGGAAGCUGCGGGUGGCCCCAGCACGCAGGACUGAUGCAGGGGUCUAUGUCUGCGUGGCAGCCAACGCGGCAGGUGAGAGGCACAGCCGGGACGCCCACGUCACUGUCCUAGAGAAGCCGGCCAUCGUGCGGCGGCCAACUGACACUGUGGUGGUGGCCGGUGGCACAGUGGAGCUAGGCUGCAGUGCGCAGGGUGAUCCCGCGCCACGGGUGCAGUGGCACAAGGAGAGCGGAGAGCUGCCUUGGGGGAGGCAUGAGGUGGACCGGGAGCACACACUGCGCCUCUACGCCGUGACGGCCGCUGAUGCCGGCAUCUACACCUGCACAGCUCAGAGCCAGCUGGGCAGCGCCGCCGCCACCGCCCAUGUCCAAGUGAGGGAUCAGCUGCCAGAAGGCCGGCGGGAGGCCAUGCCACGGGACCUGCUGGCCGUGCAGCUGCAGCUGGACAACGGCACUGUGCUGCCCACCACCGCCGCUGCCUGGCUCCGCUGGCGGAUGGUGAUGCCAGGGCCAGCACCGGAGGGCUACGUGGUGCUGUACCGCUGCCUGCUCCCUGCCAGCACCACCUGGUCCCAGCAGGACGUGGGCAGGGAGCUCAGCGCUGUCAUCCCCGCGCUCCAGCGGGGCUACCAGUACGAGUUCAAGGUCCGGCCCUAUGCCAUGGGGGCCUGGGGCUUGGACAGCAACAGCUGGCACCUCUGGAUCCCUGAGGAAGUGCCAAGCGCGGCGCCCCAGCAUGUCACCGUGGGCCAGGCUGAGCCAGGGAAUGGCACCGUUGUCGUGAGCUGGGAACCACCUCCCCCUGAUGCUCACAAUGGCAUCAUUCGGGGCUACCAGGUCUGGUCCCUGGGCGAGGGCUGGUCGCACCCCACCAACAGGACAGUGGACGGAGACACCCACCGCUUGGAGACCUCCCUGCCUGUCUCUGGGGCCAGAUACUGCAUCCAGGUGGCCGCAUUCAACAGCGCGGGGCUGGGGGUCCCUAGCAAUGCCACCUGCAAUGUCCUGGAGGUGACGGCAAAGAGCAAUGUGGUGGUGCGGGCUCUGCGGCAGCCUGCUGUCAUCGCAGCUGCCGGCUCGCUGCUCUGGCUGGCCCUGCUCGCCCUCCUCCUCCUCCUCUGCCAGCGCCGCGCCAGGCAGGAUGUCUUGGCACACCACAGACAGGGGGACAGCGACGCACCAUGGCUCAGCAGCCCCUGGAAACCCAGCUGCGUCCCCCAGAACCUCAGUGGCAGCAGCAGCCUCAGCAGCCGGCUCCUGGGCAGUGACAGCAGGGACCCCCAGCCCUCCCCCCUGUCCUCGGAGCCACCAAGCCUCAGUCCCGCGACAUCCCCCAACUGCAGCGACCUUCGCAGGGGACACCCCACACCCAGCACCCUGAGCCCAGCACCCUGGGAGCACAUCCGCAAGCGAGAGCUGGACCGAGUGCACAGCACCCCAGUGCUGGCAGCUGGACUCAGGACCAUCCCCGUGAGUGGUGUUGAGUGGGGGACAAGUUCUGGCCUGAAGGCUGGGUGGCUUCAGCAGAAGGGACAGGACAGUGACGCUGCGCUGGCAGGAGGGGACCUAUGGUGGCUGCCAGCCGUCAUCUCCCCGAAAGCACGGCGGGGCAGCGCCUCGCUGGCAUCCAUCGGCACUGAGACACUGGUGGCACCCCUAGGGCAGCCCCACGCCUGGCACCCUGCAGGGACUCGGUUCCCGGCCACCGGGUGCCCAAGGGACAUGUCCCCAGUUACUGGAAACCCAAGAGACUCGUCCCCAGUCACCAGGAGUCCCAGGAACAUGUCCCCAGUCCCCAGGAGCCCCAAGGAUGUGUCCCUGGUCAUGAGGCACCCCAAGGAUACAUCUCUGGUCACCAGGAACCCCCGGGACAUGUCCCCAGUCACUAGGAGCUGCAGGGACAUGUUCCUGGCCACCAGGCAUGGCAAAGAUAUGUCACCAGCCAGGGGGUGCCCCAGGGAUAUGUCCCCUGUCAGCAGGUGCCCCGAGGACAUGGCCCCAGUCAUUAGGUACUCUAAGGAAAUGUCCCCAGUCACCAAGCGCCCCAGGGACAUGUCUCCAGCCACUGGGCACUCCCUGCUCACCACAUAUCAUGAGAACAAGUCCCCAGUUGCUGGGCACCCUAGGGACAUAUCACCAGACACCAAGCACCCGAGGGACGUGUUCCUGGUCACCAGGCACCCCAGGGAUGUGGCCACGGUCACUGGAUACCCCAAGAACAUGCUCCUGGCCACCAGGCACCCUGAGGACAUGUCCCCAGACCCUGCCCACCUUUCGCUGGCACUCAGCGAUGGGGUCCUCACGCCGCAGCAGGUGGCUGAGGACCUGGAGCAGGCACGGGAGGCCGCCCACCCCAUGGACACCCCAGAGAUGGAGCAUCCCGCGAUGCCAGCCGCGUCCCCAACACAUCCCCGGUGUGUCCCAGUGCCCCGGCCCCUCUCCCCUCCGCACACCUACGGGUACAUCUGCGGACCUCCUGCCUCAGAGCUGGGUGAGGGGGAAGAGGAGGAAGAGGAGGAGGACGAGGAAGAAGAGAGGACAGACACAUGGGACCAGGGGGGCUCCCCAGGGGGGUCUCUGCUGAAUGGCUGGGGCUCUGUCUCAGAGGGAAAUGUCCCCAGCACCCGCUGCAGCCUGGCGAGCUCCUCCGACUGCUCCUUCCUCCUCGAUGCCAGCUUUGCCCGGGCUCUGGCUGUGGCCGUUGACAGCCUCUGCUUCAGCCUUGAGGAUGCCGAUGGAGCCCUUGCCCCCCUGAGUUGCCAGGCAUCGUUCCCUCUCUGUGGGGAGGUGGCCCAGGGGACAGGGACGGGCAGCCCCUGGGCCAGGGUGGCCAGCAAGCAGGGCGGGCUCUUUGCCGAGGACAGGAGGGACAGGAACACGGCGGUCCCCAGGGUAUAGAAGGUGGGAAGGCCAGAGCCCUCCUGGCUUGGCUAAAAUCCAGCUUUAUUCAUUGUUUCCCCCAAAAGGGGCUCUCUGCUGAAAAAAGCUACAUGCAAAGGAUGGGCGGCACCGGGGCAGUGGGUGCCCCUCCUGCGCUUCCCCCCUUUGUCCCUCCCUGCCAGCCUUGGCCUCAGGGUCCUCAUCCUUCUGGGGCACCCUCAUCCCCUGUGACUGUCCUGGGCUGUCCCAAACCUCCUCAUCCCUCCCGAGCAUCCUUGUCCCUUCCGAGCAUUCUCAGGCAUCCUCAGCAUCCUUGUCCCCACCCAGAGCAUCCUUGUCCCUCCCUCAAGUUGCUGCCCACCCCGCUGGCUCUGUGCACGCCUAUUUAUGCAUCUCAGACAGAAAUUAAUGAGCAUCCCAUUUCAACCCCAA